UCACAAGCAAAAAAGAAAAAGGGAAAAAAAGAAUCCCAAGAAAAAAGUUGAGCACGUAGAAAGAAGGAGAAUCAGGAACCACUUGGAAAAAGUUGGCCUGCCCUUUUCUUCAUCAACCGUCACCUCUCUUUUCCCAAACUUUCCCAACACUGUUGGAUUGGAUAUUCAAAGGAAGCAGAGAGCUAAAAUUUGGAGCUUAAAAAAAAAAACCCUUUUCUUUCUUUGUCUUCUUUGUAUAUUACAGAGAGCUACAGUGGUCCAAUCUUCAAUGGAUAUUUCUAUGAAAAGAAGAACUCUGCUUAAGGUCAUUGUCCUUGGAGAUAGUGGGGUGGGAAAGACGUCUUUGAUGAAUCAAUAUGUGUACAAGAAGUUCCAUCGACAGUAUAAAGCUACGAUCGGUGCCGAUUUCGUCACGAAGGAACUUCAGAUUGAUGACAAGUUGGUGACUUUGCAAGUUUGGGACACAGCAGGGCAAGAAAGAUUUCAUAGUCUUGGAGCUUCGUUUUAUAGGGGAGCUGAUUGCUGUGUUCUUGUGUAUGAUGUGAAUGUGAGCAAAUCAUUUGAAACACUUCAGAACUGGCAUGAAGAGUUUCUCAAACAGGCUGAUCUGACUGACCCCGAGGCAUUUCCCUUCGUAUUACUUGGAAACAAAAUCGAUGUAGAUGGUGGAAACAGCCGUGCGGUUUCUGAGAAGAAGGCUAGAGAGUGGUGUGCUUCAAAGGGAAACAUACCCUACUUUGAGACAUCUGCGAAAGAGGAUUAUAAUGUCGACGAAGCGUUUCUAUGCAUUGCGAAAACAGGAAUGAUCAAUGAACAUGAACAAGAGAUUUACUUCCAAGGUAUUUCAGAAACUGUUUCAGAAGCAGAGCAAAGAGGAAGCUGUGCAUGCUAAGGAUGGGAUAUGUAUAUCCCUACUAAUUUAAAUAUGAAUAUGUAAAUUCUUUCAUAUAUAUAUUUUUUU